UCAAUCCCACAGGGUCUUCCCCAUGGCAGUCCCUUCCAGGAGCUCCAAUACAGCGCUGGUCUGGGCACGGUCAAGGAAGCGGGCCCCCCAGGCAUGAGCCGGGAGCCUUUUGGGAGAAAGCUGGGAGUGGCAGAGGCAGCUCCUUGGCUCGCUUCACAGCCAGGUGGGCUUUGGCCCGAGACGCCCUGGGUGAGAACUAGGCCUGCUGCCCCUCACGCUGACCAGCGCAGUCCCAUGGUGUCCUGGCGUUCCCCCGUCUGUCUGAGAUUGUAAGCGUGGGGAGGCAGAGCCUCGCUCUGUGUCCUCUAUUCGUACAGGGCCUUGCACAGGGCUGGGCGGGGCCACCCCAUCCUAAAUAACCAAUCCGAAGUGAGGCCUGGGCCUUGCGCCCUGGAGAAGGGAGAGCGCCUCCCCUGCCACUCCCGGGUGGCAUUGUGACGUCAGAGCAGCCCUCCCGUGUCACAAUGCAGCAGCCUCCGUGCCUCCCGCUGGCCCCCACCCCGUCUUGCCCUUUGCACUAGGCACUGCAGGCCGCCAGGUGUACUCCUGGGAACCCUCCUGAGCCUUCACGAGACAGGUCUGGGGCUAGGACAUGAGCUCCCAGGAGACCCCACAAGCUCGGAGAUUUCCCAUAGAAGCAGGAGAUUCUCCCAGCCUGGCAGCUGCUCCAGAAACCCAGGAGCCAGUGACCACUGAGCACACUGCGGCAAGGCAGCUGAGAAGAUGCCCCGGGUGCCACUGCCUGACUUUGCCCAACGUUCCCAUUGACGUGUACAUUGCCAUGGGCGGGAACGGUAGGCCACGGACCACCUAACGGUUCCCCCACGUUAGGCCCGCGCGCUGAGGCCACUGGGGUGGUCACCUGCAACACCCUGACAGCCGGAGAACAGCAAAGGACACCGCCACACCAAACAGUGACGCACAUUUUAAUAAAAGGACAUCUUAGAAUUU